CUGCACUCGGGUGCGCUGUUCUGCGCGAGCACUUGGCAAUUGUCUCUGGUCUGCUUUGCUGCGUACCAGCCAAAUGUAUACCGUUCUCAGCUUCCAGGAUCGCGAUAGAGCUGCCUGAUCGCGUACGUCGCGUCGCAACGACCCAUCAAAAUCUGUGAUUCCGUAUACACGGGAUGCUUAUAUUAUUGACUGUGGGGAAGACCUUACGCUCCAGUCGGGUUUCUACCACUGCCUCGACAAGAACCUGCUCUAGGGUCGAGCCUUAGUUCCCUUUGUCGUGCGCAUCUUACUGUGUAUAGUCUUUUCUAGAGCUUGACAUUAUCGUCGUCAAGACCUUCCACUCGUUUACCAUGGGCUGUAUCCCAAGCAAGCAACAGGUCAUAGAGACCUCUACCUCCACACUGCCUGAGAUGCGUCCCAAGAGCGCUCUAUCAUUCGGGUCUUUCCGAAACAAUAAGGCCAAGACCAGAAAACCGGGCCCUGCGUCGCCAGUCAUUUCAGGAGAUGCCCCUCCAUGGGUAAGAGGACAUAGAGUAUUCAUUCUCAAUGAGGAGGAAGCAGGAUUUAGGGAUGAGAAGAUAUACUCUUGAGGAUCUGUCACGUCACAUUUCCCCUGCUUCGUUGUGUGCUCUGUUCGAUGUAUUCAUGGAAUGUACGAGCUCGUGCUUGCUGUAUCUGUAAUUUGAUACCCCAU